UUAUUGUAUAUGGCGGGUGUUUCAGAAUGUAGCUGACGAAGACAAUAAUUCAUAAUAAUGAAUUUUAAGCCAGUGAUUCAACAGAAAAGCUGAAUAUGCAAACAUAUCCCUUUUAGGCUUAAACUUUACUUUGUGUAAUAUAUCAAAUUCAAAAGCUGUUCACCAUGGCUACAGAAGAGAAGAGGAUGAUACACGGGGUGCAAGUUGUAUUUCCCUGUAAGCCGUAUCCGUCACAGUUCAGUAUGAUGGAAAAGGUGAUCAAAGGGAUAGAGAGAAAACAGAACUGUUUAUUGGAAAGUCCUACCGGUAGUGGAAAAAGUCUGGCUCUGCUGUGUUCUGCUCUUGCCUGGCAAACAGCUGAAUAUGAAAAGAAAAGAGUAGCAGAGGAAGCAAGUACAGCAUCGACAUCUGAAGAAUCAACAAACAUCACCUGUACAUGUCAGAAACCAAAGGAACUAAAUCCUGACAAAAACAACGAUGAUGUGCUUUCAACACAGGAAGUGGUCCAGACUGCCGCACAGCUGAUUUCUCUUGGAGACAACGACGAUGAUGAUGACUUCAAAGAUUCUUCUUCCAGCAAGUUUAAGACACCUGGAAACACAGAUAAGACGAAAGCUAGACGAAGUCAUCUGAACAUAGCGUAUGAGACAUCGCCCCCUGGUGGUGAGCAAGAGAGUUGUGCUGACAGUAAGAUGUGCUGCGCAUGUUCCUGUAAACAGGAGGAAGUGACUACAAAGAGGAAAUACAUUGUGCCCAAGAUUUACUUUGGAACCAGGACCCACAAACAGAUAACACAGAUUGUACGUGAACUACGCAAGACGGCCUACAGGGAGGCAAAAAUGACCAUACUUGGCAGUAGAGAACAUACCUGUAUCCACCCGUCUGUGUCAAAGAUGAAGGGGAAGAACGAGGGCUGUAAGGAACUACUGGACGGUCCAGGCUGUAAGUUCAAUGACCGAGUAAAGAAGGUGUUCUUCUGCCAGAGUCAGAUCAAAGACUUAGGACUGACACAGGCCUGGGAUCUCGAGGACAUCAUUGGUGUGGGCCAGGCAAAAACGGCAUGUCCAUACUAUGGUACAAGGAGUCUGAAGAAGGAUGCAGAUAUCAUCUUUUCCCCCUACAAUUACCUGAUAGACCCCCUCAUCAGGGAGGCUCUGGAGAUCAAUGUAAAGGAUCAGAUCAUCAUACUGGACGAGGCUCACAACAUGGAGGACGCCGCGCGGGAGGCUGCCAGUCAGACUCUCAAGUGUGACGAACUGGAGAAGGCUAUAAAGGAACUGGAUGAAAUGAUUGCCAAUAAUAUGAAGACACCAGACUGCCUGAGGAUCAGACAGAUGUGUCAUGGCCUGAUCAAGUUUAUGGAAGACAACGAGGCGAGUUUGCAGCAGCAAUCCUACGACCAGGCUUAUAGGUGCUGGUCUGGAUACGACAUCAUAGCUCGCAUGGACCAGCUCGGGAUAGGGCCAAAACACUUUCCUGAUAUCAAAAAAUCGUACACAAAGGUCAAGGAGACUGAGGAUGAAACGAAGGUGUGGAACAGUCACGGACAGGAAGUGAAGCUGAGUAAACCUGUACUCAGCACACUGGAGGCCAUCCACAAGGUGUUGGAUUACCUGUACAGGGACGAUCUUAAGUUUGUACCGGACUACAGGGUGGCUAUUGUGAAGACGACCUCCUAUACGUCCAACAGGGACACGGACAAUAGCUGGCUCAACUCCAAGAAACGCAGAGGUAUGCGGGCAGUGCCGGUAUCUGUCAACAGUCUCAACUUCUGGUGCAUGAACCCUGGCGUGGCAUUCUCUGAUUUCAAUGAUGCUAGGAGCAUUGUUUUAACUAGUGGAACGCUGUCUCCAAUGUCCUCCUUUGAGUCUGAGUUGGGCGCACCAUUCCCGAUAAAGCUGGAGGCAAACCACGUCAUAGAGGAUAAACAGAUUUGGGUAGGAGCUAUUGGCCAUGGGCCGAAGGGGGGAUCCCUACAGGCCGUCUACAAAACAAUGGAAACUUUCAAUUUCCAGGACGAACUUGGUGAACUGGUGCUCAAGGUUUGUCAGAAAGUGCCAUAUGGAGUUCUGGUCUUCCUGCCCUCAUACAAAGCACUGGAGAAGUUCUCGGAGAGGUGGAGGAAUACUGGUGUCUGGGCAAAAAUUGAAAGCAAAAAGAAAAUAAUGACUGAACCUCGCUCCUCGGACAAAGUUGAUUUUGAGUUUUUGAUGAAGGACUUCUACAACACAAUUGAAUGCUGCCAAGAUGAGAAUGAAGGAGACAUUGACGGGGCCCUAUUUAUAGCUGUGUGCCGCGGGAAGGUGAGUGAGGGAAUGGACUUCGCCGACAACAAUGCCAGAGCAGUGAUCACAGUGGGGAUUCCUUUUCCAAACAUCAAAGAUGUUCAGGUAAAGUUGAAGAAAGAAUAUAAUGACAUGCACAAGAAUACAAGAGGAUUGUUGUCUGGAGGGGAGUGGUACGAGAUACAAGCCUUCAGGGCACUAAACCAGGCCCUUGGUCGUUGUUUAAGACACAGGAAGGACUGGGGAGCCCUGAUCCUAGCGGACGAGAGAUUCGUUAGAGAUGGUCCCAGGUACUGUAAAGGUCUCUCUAAGUGGAUGAGAAACAAAGUGCGGCCGUUCCAGGGAUUUUUCACCGCUAUGGACUCCCUCAGCACCUUCACAGAGAACUGCAUCAAGGAUAUGCCCAAAGUUGAUCCAAAUGCUUCCUUCAUUCCGGGGACACCAGUGAUUCCUGGUCAUCAUGCAGACCCUUCCCAGUCUGAUCUGUCCCCUGUGACCUCCACACCAAUAACAAAGCGAGCCUUUGAUACAAAGAAACACUUUUCAAUCUUCACACCAAUCAAACCAGGCAAAGAAACUGCCAACCAAUCAAAUCAAAGGUUACAAAGCACCAAUCAAAUGGAAUGUAGGUUGAUAUCACCGACAGAGGUCAAUGGGGAUGCAACACUUAGAAAGGCUUCACAAAGCCAACAGGUCCUUAAAGGUCCCAUUAAGGGUCAAAGUUCAUCUGACCCUACCCAGCCUUCAGUUCCUGGACAGGGUUCUAUGCUGGGACCAGCUCAUGAGCAAGUUCUUAAGUUACUCAAUUCCAAAUUGUUGCCACAGGACAAACCCUACUAUGUCAUGAUAAAUGAAGGCACUCCUAUGCAACAGUUGUUCCUCAUCGAGCCCCCAGAUAGUCCCGUCAAUCAACAAGACUCGUUCAAUCAAAAUGUAGCGACAAUUGUGUCAACACCCCUCACAAAGCACACCUCAACCUUACCUAUGAAGACAGGUAUGAAAAGUAUUCUUCUUCCCAAACGACUAUCAGAAGGCCCGAGUAAAGGUGUGGUCGCAGUAUCUACACAAUCGUCGUGUGUCGGCUCAAGUGCUGGAAUCGCAUCAACUACCGCACAAAAUUCUUCCACUCAGUGUGUUUCUAGCCUUGAUCACUCUGUUGAAAAACCAUUGGACAAAAGUAAAAAUGAAAGUGGAAGUGAAUCCAAAAUCAACAACUUCUUUAAGUUUUGUAAAUUGCCUGAAAAGUCAUUUGAAAAUGUUGUGAAUAAAUCUGGAGAAUGUUCGGACAUGUCUACUGAACGACCAACAACUCCUAAUGUGUUUGAUGCAGAUACGCUAGAGGAUAUAAAGGACACCGGUAUACAGACUGACAAUGAGGACCCUCUACAUGACCUGUGUCAACCUGACAAGGAUGAUACAAAACUAAUAGGGACACAAAAUAGUGAUGUGAAGAUAAAGUCUGAAACACCAGUCGGUCGAAAGCCUAUCUUCCGAAAAAAGAGCGACAUGGAAUCUGGAACAAAGCAAGAAAACAUGGAUGGGGAAUCCAGUGACAAUGACUUUAAAGUGAAGCGUAGAUCUGUGUCUGGGAAUGCUAUCACUGAUUGUCAGGUGGAAACGUCAAUAGUUGAUGGUGAGGAUGAACCACUGAAAACCAGGAGGCGAGGUACAAAGCGAAAGACUCAAAGUCGGUCCAACAAUUUAACCAGCAAACGCUCGAAAGGAGUUGACUUCCUCGACAACAUGGAUAAUUCUAAAGAAAAUGAACCUUCUGAUCAGCCCAGUUUAUCAUGUGCAAGUUGUGAAACAGUCAUCAUUCCAAACCUCAAAGAUUUUGAAAAGAGAUUGAGAAUUCCUGGUUUCCUGAAAGGCAUAUCGCGUCACAAGAAUGCGGCGUAUAUCUACACUGUGGUCACCAAACCAGACCAGUUUUUGCCUGUAGAAGUGAAUGUGGAAGGUAUUACAAUGAAUUCUACAUGGUCGGAGGAGACAGGGUGCUGUGUACAAUACCUACGCUGUCGUGGCUGCUGUAAAACCAACACAAGGAACAGUGACAAGGACAUAAUCGGAGCCCGCAUUGUCAGUACGACCCAGGACAACCAACUGUACAGUGUCGGACAGACAUGGCUACUCUCCAAUGACAUGAAAAUCAAGGAAGGAUAGCAAGAAAUCAAAAUUUGUUUGUUUCUUGCCGAUAUUUACAAGGAAGAAUAGAGAGAAAUCAAAAUUUGCAUGUGACCUGAAAUUUAUUAAGAAAUUCUUUUUAAUGUUAAAUUUGUUGAUUGUUUUGAACAGAGAAACUAGUAAUUUAGUAAUUGUAAGGAACUAAACAAUUCCUUAUUUCAUUCAAGGGGAAGACCACUAAGGUUUGAAAAUAAUGUCGCAUGUAUUUGGUUACAUAUUUAAUGAAUUAAACAGUGUAAAUCAAUUCGUUUUCAUAUUAGUGUAUAAAUGUUGUUCACAGCUCAACUUCAGACUGUUUUUUUAUGAAGAGUGCUUACAAUCCUAACAUUUUCUGUUGAAGGGGCUUCUUAUAGAAGAGGCUUUAAAACCUGUCCAGACAAAUACAUUACUACAAAUACUGAUACAUCAUUAAUGAGCAUACCACUUAAGUUGACUAAUAGAAUCUUCCCCUACCUUGAGGGUGUGACAGAGAAAUCUCCUACCCGAGGGGUGAUGUUUUUU